GUCGCAAUUUGUCAAGCCUCACCGCACGUAAUAACGGAUGCUGCCGGCGACUCGAGUCCGGCCGAAUUGGUGCGCCUAAAGUCUCUUCCAACGGGUCUUCAGAUAUUAAGACGCGAGGGAAGGGAGUCUCUGAAGCGCUGAACGUCACCAAACACCCUCCACGCAACCGUCUUUGAUUCUUUCAUCGAUUCUGAAACAAUGGCAAAAGCUCUUAUUCUCGGCAGCACCGGCCUCGUGGGCUCUUUCAUCCUGUCGACGUUGAGAACGCACCCGUCUUCUCAGUUCUCCAGCAUCGAGGUCAUUGCUCGACGAUCUCCGCCAGCAGCCACAGGCCAGUCCAUCCCGGUCAAUGAGUUCGUCGAGAAGGACACCACCAAGUGGGCGGGUCAUAUAUCAUCCUUGUCCCCACCGGCUUCCGUCCUCUUCUGUGGUCUCGCCACGACACGUGCCGCAGCCGGUGGGUUCGACAAACAGUACAAGCUCGAGCACGACUUGAACAUCGAGCUGGCCAAAGCUGCCAAGGAGGCAGGGACGAAGACCUACGUCUUGAUUUCCUCCGGUGGGGCCGACCCUCACUCCUAUUUCGGAUACACCAAGAUGAAGGGCGAAAUCGAAGAAGACGUCAAGGCCCUCGAGUACGAUCACACGAUUAUUCUCCGCCCGGGACUCAUCCUCGGGAAGCGUCAGGAGCACCGUUUUGUGGAAGGCCUUUUGCAAGGGGUUGCCUCGGGACUGGGUAGACUCCAUCGGUCCCUGAAGGACAGCUGGGCCCAAGAUGCCGAUGUCAUUGCAAAGGCGGCUGUUGCUGCAGCGAUCAAGGCUGAAAAGGGAGAGGUCAAGGACAAAGUAUGGGUGCUUGGCCAAAAAGAAAUCCUCCAGCUUGGACUCAAGGAAUGGAAGGAUACUGAGUGAGAGGGGGGAAGUUCUUUUUCCGCGACCAAGGCUGAAUUGUAGGAUAACCUGGAAGGUUGGAAUGAUACCCAUAUCUGCGUUUGAAGGAUAAUGCAACCGACUCCGUCCGUUUCAUGGAUGAAUAUACCCCACUCAAAGUAUAUACAACGUCAUCUUCCUACCCUUA